AUGGGCCGAGGGAAGAACCCCAGAGUCUACCUGGAUAUUGCCAUCGGCAGUCGAACAGGUGGCCGGGUGAUUAUUGAGCUGUUUGCCGAUGUGACACCUAGGACAGCAGAAAACUUUCGAGCCCUCUGCACUGGCGAGUAUGGCCUUGGCCGAACUACCAGGAAGAAGCUUUGCUACGAAGGAUGCCAGUUCUUCCGAUCCGUUAAGAACUUUAUGAUCCAGUCUGGAGACUUUCAGUUCAACAACGGUGAUGGAGGCGAGAGCAUCUAUGGUGGCACGUUCAAUGAUGAAGACUUUGUUCGCCGCCACACGCAGGCUGGAGUGGUUAGCAUGGCCAACAAGGGCCGAAACAGCAAUGGCUCCCAGUUCUUCAUCACACUGAAGCGGAGCGUACAGCUUGACAACAAACACAUAGCCUUUGGGCAGGUGGUAGAGGGCAUGGACGUCAUCCGAGCAAUCUCAGCAGUUCCCACGGAUCGUGACGAGCGGCCGCGAGUGGCUUGCACUAUUGUUGGCUGUGGGGAGGUAGGUGCCAAGACCAGCAGUGGCCUCGAGCAGCAGACGGAGAUGAGCAAGCUCAUCCAGAACCUCACGGAGGACGCGGACGCGGCCCCAAAGGCCAAUGCUGCGCAGCAAGGCAAGCAGAUCCUUGCCGGAAAGCCAGGUGGUGCGGCCACUGGUGGUGAGAUUAGCGGUACCAGUCUGAAGCGAAAGGCGCAGGAGGAGGAAGAGCCCGAGACCGAGGGCGCCGGCAUCCCCCUGCCUCGCACAGAGCGUGAGAAGCGGCUCUACCAGCUGAGGCUGAAGAUGAACCAGAGUCGUGCCGCGAACAACAAGGAGGUUGUUGAGGAGCAGAAGCGUGAGUCGGAUCCUGGCUACUCGAAGAAGGUGGCAGCCAAGAGAGCGGCCGAAGAAGAGAAGAAGGAGAAGGAGGAGGAUGACAAGAAAGGAAGCAAAAGCAGGAACGGCAUGCCCGAGGGUAAGGACUACCUCAAUGACACCAUGGAGACCGCAGAAGCUCGAGAAGCCAAGAAGAAGAAAGGCAACCCUGAUGCUUUCGGCUGGGACGUCUUCAACCAGGAUUCCCUUCUGCGGGCUCAUGAGAAGCGGCUGAAGCAUAUCCAGUUCCAGCCAGAGGCUUAUGAAAAGCAAAAGAAGCAGCUAGAAGAUGAAGGUGAAGAAGGCCUGAAGUUUGCAGGCUUCGGCUUCAAGCCGACAGAGGAGGCGAAGCGACGGCUAGGAGAUGCCAUGGACAAGAUCUUGGAGAAGAAGAAGGAAUUCUCAAGGAGGCGUGCCUACAACGACGAAGAAGAUCGGACGUAUGUCAACGACAGGAAUCGCUUCUUCAACAAGAAGCUGGAUCGCUUCUUCGGCGACUACACAGAGGAAACGCGGCAGAAUCUGGAGCGCGGUACGGCCUUGUGA